CGCCUCACGUCAGCUGGGUUUUGUUUUUGCUGUUACUGAUUACUGUGCAUGUAAGCAACUGGACUUUGAGCAUUUAAUAAUAACUUAUGAAAAUAAAAAUACCAAAACAUUUAUUUUGAAGCAAAAUUGACACAAUAUAUGGACGCAUAUUCGCCCGUUGAGCAUUUUAUUUGCGGAGGUGGACAGUACUGGGAUGAUCGAACCGAUCCAGGACGCCCGAACCGAAGAGGAGGCGCGAAGAUCCGGUUCCCCCUCCGACAGGAAAAGAUCUGAUGGAUCUCCGACAUUUCAGAGACUUCUCUGUGCUUCCUUCAACCAGGACAUGACGUCUUUGGCAGUUGGUUGUAAGGAUGGUUACAGGCUUUUCUCUCUGUCCUCUGUUGACAGAUUAGAUUGUAUUCAUCAGGGGGUUGAAAGCCCUUAUGUGUACAUCGUGGAGCGGCUUUUCUCCAGCAGUCUGAUGGUGGUUGUGAGCAGAUCUACUCCAUUCCGAAUGAACAUCUACCAUUUUAAGAAGGGCACAGAGAUCUGUAACUAUAGCUACUCCAACAACAUCCUGUCUGUCAAACUGAACCGAAAGAGACUUGUAGUGUGUUUGGAGGAGGCCCUGUAUAUCCAUGACAUCAAAGACAUGAAGCUUCUGAAAUCUCUCCUCAACACACCACCAAACCCCAAAGGUCUCUGUGCACUCUCUGUCAAUCAUUCCAACUCAUAUCUGGUUUACCCUGGAGGUUCCACUGCUGGAGAAAUUACUCUUUAUGAUGCCAUGAAUCUGAGUAUGGUGACUGUGAUCUCUGCCCAUGCCAGCCCUGUGGCAGCCAUCUCAUUUAAUGCUUCAGGAACCCAUCUGGCCAGUGCUUCAGAAAAAGGCACUGUUAUAAGAGUUUUCAGCAUACCUGAUGGAGUCAAACUGUUUGAAUUCCGCAGAGGGAUGAAAAGGUACGUUAGCAUCAGUUCCUUGUCGUUCAGUGCCGAUGAACAGUUUCUGUGCGCCUCCAGUAACACAGAGACUGUUCAUAUCUUCAGACUGGUGCAUCACAGUCCCAGUAAGGAGUCUUCCUCCUGGUCUGCAUAUAUGGGGAAGAUGUUCUCUGCUGCCAGUACAUACCUUCCCUCACAGGUGUCAGACAUGAUGCAUCAGGACAGAGCAUUUGCUACCGUUCGACUCAGUGUUUCAGGCCGAAAGAAUGUAUCAGGUCUCGCCAUGAUCCAGAAGGUUCUGCGUCUUUUGGUGACCUCCUUAGAUGGUCAUCUCUACAUCUACAAUGUAGAUCCCCAGGAAGGAGGCGACUGUUGUUUAGUAAAGAAGCACAGACUGUUUGAGAGUAAUGAUGAGAAUCCAGUGGUGACAGAGCUCCAGGAUGGAAGCCUCUCAUAUGCAGCGACUGUCACAACCACAAACCAAGACUCUCCAUCCUCCAGUUCACUCACAGGUUACUCUGAGGAUGGAGGUGCAAAGAAAGGGGAGCUGAUCCCAGAAUAUGAGUUUGCGGAUGGACCCGUUCGUCUCGAUGAUGAACAGGAGUUUCCUCCAGUUAGCUUUCAGAACACCUGAAGAUCUACUAGAUUAUGUCUUCAUAUCUCUUUAGAACACCUGGAUGAUUCAUUUUUUUAAAUGCCUUAGUGUAAAAUACCUUUUGGAUACAAGAUUUGGAAAAGGGAAAAACUUGUGUCACAAUAGUAAUAGAAUCUGCAACAAGGUUGUACUAUAUUUCCUGGAAAAGUCCAUUUAAAACAAUCCAAGCACACACACUACCAUAUUCUUGCAUUUGAAAAGAGCAAAAGCUUGUCUGAUAAUUUAGUAGAUGGACACAUUUGACAAGGUAGGAUUAGUCAGUAACAGUUUUAAGGUAGGGAUUAGCGAAGUGUCAAUUCAGGGAUUCAGAGUUGCAAGCUCUGGCUAAUCUUGCACAAAUUCAUCCAAAUGUUUGGAGUGUGUUUAAACUAGAGCAAUUUAUAAAUGUGUGUAUAAUGCAUUUGCCAAGUAGAAACAACAACUGCGAAAUCAUAUUUGUCUUUCAAAACUCUAAGCUGGCUGACAUUUAUGUCGAAGCACAAUUUUUUUUACCUUGUCUUUACAUAGAAACAUGGAUAUAGAACUGAAAUACUCUCACUGAAGGGAGUGAAACAGAAUUUUUAUGAGUGAAGGAGGAGGCUUAAAGUCCGACAGUGGUCAGAUUUUUAAAUCAUAGCAACAUUUGCAUAAAUUGCAGUUAACCUACAAUUACAAGUGGCAAAAGUGUACAAUUAAAUUUGUACAAAAUUUUCCAUGUCGAUAUGUUACAGUUUUGACAAUAAUAGAAACAUUAGUUGUUGUAAAUUGCCACAACAGGGGAAAAAGGUUUACUGAAAAGACUGAACACAUUUCAGGGUGAUAUGUAAAAAGUAACGUCCAUUAAUAUUUUAUUUUCAGGAAGAUUUAGGGGAUAGGGACACCACAGUUUUUCCUUCCCUUUACACACUCUAGUCUGUCAAUAUCACACUGCUGAUUGAGGUGAGGAAUUUAUAAAAUGGGACACUUUUAAAAUGAAGUUGCCAAAAUUAAAAAGUGUGUUGACUUAAAAUGAGUAUAGUAUGUAAGAUCACUAAAUAAAGCACAUGAACAUACAGUUUAUCUCUUUAAACACAAGAUUACACCAUAGUAAACACAGGAAAAAUUACUAUGGUUUGCAAAAUAUUUAGUAAAUAUGGAUUCUAUAAGACAAACUAUGGAAUUAUGGAAAUUGUUAUGAAAAUUAGUAGCCUAAACACAGUUAGAAACUGUACUAACUGCCGUAGUUAAAAUAGAAAUAAAAGUUACACUACAUAAUGGGGAGAGACCCCAUAAUGACAUAAAUUAUGACAUCAUAGAGGCACAGUUAUGACACCAUAGAUCCACCAUUAUGACAUCAUAAAUACUGUAUUAUGAUAGGCACAAUCAUGAAAUUAUAGAUACACCUUUAUGACAUCCUAUGACAUCAUAAAGGCACCAUUAUUACAUUAUUAAGACCACAUUAUGACAUCAUAGAGACUGCAUUAUGACACCAUAGAGGCAACAUUAUGACAUCAUAAAGACUACAUUAUGACAUGAAUGUUGGAUGAUAUAAAAUGGUCUUUAUGAUAAUAUGUCAUAAUGGUGAAUCUAUUAAGUUGUAAUGGUGCCUCGUCAUAAUGGUGGAUGAUGUCGUAAUUGUGCCUCUCUGACAUCAUAAUACAGUCUUUAUGAUUUCAUAAUGGAGCCUCUAUGAUACCAUAAUACAGUUUUUGUCAUCCCCUAUAAUGUGGCUUCUGUGAUGUCAUACUUGUGCAUCUGUGACAUCAACAUACAGUAUUUAUGAUGCCAUAAUGGUGGGUCGAUUAUGUCAGAAUGGUGCCUUUAGGAUCUAUGGUUACGUCCAUAUUAAUCCAGAUAUAUUUGAACGUGCUAGCUGACCACACUGUCAUUUUCAAACGUUUUCCAAAAGUUGCUCAUCCUCACUUAAACGUCUGAAAAUGCUUAGAUCCCCUUUCUCCACAUGCGGAAAAAUGUAAUUGAAUGCAUUGUGAAGGUUGUAAAAAAAUUUUUUUUUAAAUUUGUUAAUUGACAAAUUAAACAAUUUAUAAUAUCAGUAUGGAAGGGGGAAGUAAAAGGCCUUUGAUAUUAUGGCAAAAAUCAUAUUCUUGAUAAUUUUUAUAUUGUUUUCCUGUAAAAAUAUCUAAAAAUCCUUAAAAACAAGAUUAGUUAGAUUUAUCUUGAUUUAGAAACAACACUGCAUAAGAUAUUUAGGUUUUUCAGAGAAUGUAUUUUUAACGUGUAUUUUGUCUUACUGUACUGGCAGAGUUUUUAUAGUCAAAACAAGUUAAAAAAUCUGCCAGUGCUGAAGAAGUAAUCCAAAGUAUUUAUAAUACGUUACUGACCUUGAGUAAUCUAACGAAAUACGUUACAAAUUACAUGUUACAGCAUGUACUCUGUAAUCUGUAGUGGAAUACAUUUCAAAAGUAACCCUCCCAACCCUGCUAAUGGAAUUACCGAAACAGAUCAAAAACUGAAUAAUUUAAAAAAGAACAAUCCUCUUUAAUUAACUGUAUAACCCAUAUUAUGUCUUUUUCAAAUCUAUUUUUUAGGAAAACAAAAUUUCCAUUAUGUUUUAUAUCUAUAUUAUUCCAAAUUGUAUAUUUGUGGGGUGAAAAAUUAUGUUUGUAGGUUAGAGUCCACAUAAGAAGCACCUGUCUAUGGAAGUUUGACAGUUUCAUUGGUAGUUUCCCAACAUCAAAAUUGCACUUCAGUAAAAACUCUAGUCCACCAACAUGUUGAAAUAUUAACUUCGGGGAAAUAUUCCGUAUAGAGUCUCUCUAUAUGCACAGGGCUCUGUGCGAGCCAGUCAAGUUCUUCCACACCAAACUCAUCCAACCAUGCCUUUAUGGACCUUGUUUUAUUUCACUGGGGCACAGUCAUGCUGGAACAGAAAAGGGCUUCCCAAACUGUUUCCACAAAGUUAGAAACAUAGAAUUUUCCAAAAUGUCUUGGUAAGCUGAGGCAUUAACGUUUUGGAAAAUUGGAUGAGUUUGGUGUGUAAGAACUUGACUGGCCUGCACAUAGCCCUGACCUCAACCCUAUCGAACACCUUUGGGAUGAAAUAGAACAGAGAUUGUGAGCCAGGCCCUCUCGUCCAACAUCAGUGUCUGACCUCACAAAUGCUCUUCUGGAAGAAUGGGCAAAAAUUCCAACAGACACACUCCAAAAUCUUGUAGAAAGCUUUCCCAGAAGAGUGGAAGCUGUUAUGGUUGCAAAGGGGGGACCAACUCGAUAUUAAUGCCUAUGGAUUUAGAAUGGGAUGUCAUAAAAGCUCCUGUAGGUGUAAUGUGUAGGUGUCCCAAUACUUUUGUCCAUAUAGUGUAUUUCUGUAACCCGUUGCUUGAUGUUCUCAUCUGCUCUUUCCUGAAUUCCAGAAAUACAAAGAUUCCACCUUCGACAAUAUCA